AUGUCAUCCUCACCCCCACAAGAGCUUAAGAAGAAACCAAUCUCGUUUUCUAACAUUUUACUAGGUGCUGGUCUCAACCUAGCUGAAGUCUCAACUUUGGGACAACCAUUGGAGGUUGUAAAGACAACCAUGGCUGCUCAUAGACAAUUCACAUUUGCACAAGCCAUUAGACAUGUGUGGUCACGUGGUGGUAUCUUUGGGUUCUUUCAAGGUUUAAUCCCAUGGGCAUGGAUUGAAGGCUCUACUAAAGGUGCAGUACUUCUAUUCGUGUCUGCAGAAUCUGAAUAUCGUUACAGAAGUUUCGGAUUGAACAACUUCUUCGCAGGUAUAAUGGGCGGUAUUACAGGUGGUCUCGCACAAGCAUAUCUUACAAUGGGAUUCUGUACAUGUAUGAAGACCGUUGAAAUUACUAGAAGUAAAGCAGCAGAAGCAGGAAUUCCACCUUCUACAUGGCAAAUCUUCAGACAAAUUUAUGCAAAGGAAGGUAUUAGAGGUAUUAAUAGAGGUGUUAACGCUGUUGCCAUUAGACAAAUGACAAAUUGGGGUUCUAGAUUUGGUUUGGCACGUUUAGUUGAAGAGGGUAUGAGGAAAUUCUCCGGUAAGGGAGCUGAUGAUAGAUUAUCAGCUGUGGAAAAGAUCGGUGCCUCCGUUGUUGGUGGUGGGUUAUCAGCAUGGAAUCAACCAAUUGAAGUGGUGAGAGUUGAAAUGCAAUCGAGAACCCAUGAUCCAAAUAGACCCAAGAAUUUGACGGUUGCCAAGACCUUAAAAUACAUCUACCAAUCAAAUGGUCUAAAAGGUCUUUACCGUGGUGUAACUCCACGUAUAGGUCUAGGUGUCUGGCAAACCGUUUUCAUGGUCGGUGUGGGUGAUAUAGCAAGAGAAUUCGUCGCCAAGUUAACUGGUGAAAAACCAGCAGGUAAGCAUUGA